CGGCGGCGGCUGCGGCGGCGACUAGUCUCUGAACUGGGUUAUUCCAGGAGAAGCUUUGCAUUUCUCUACAGUUUGCGCUUUAAAUCAACUGCACCAUUAAAAAGCAAGAAACUUUUCCAGGGAGAGAGAAGGAGAAAUGGAGUGUGCUAGCAGACCCUUCUCUCUUCAUGGAAGCUUAGCCUUUAUUCCAUCAUCUACUUCCUUUCUGAGAUAUAGAAGCUUACCUGGUUCCAUUUCCCCAUUUUUCUUUUCGUCUGUUUUCAACUCCUGUAGCUUAAGAAUUGUGAGGGCGAGCUCUAAUUCUGAAGCAACUUAUUCAAACUCAAUUAUAAACGAAAGGCCCUUACUAUGCCCUUUGCUACAUGACAAUGGUGGUUGUGAUGGUAACAACAACAACAACAACAAUAACAGUGGUCCAUUUAAUUUUGAUUCUUGGUGGCAGUGGAAUGAGGAUUCUUCGGCUUCCUGUUCUUGUUCAUUCCUAUUGUUCCUUUACUCACUUUAUUCUUCCUUUUUCCACUUCCAAGUAUCUUCUGCCCUGGCAAGAGCUAUUAGUGAUUAUGAGGGGGUUAUUUCAGAAGUGAGAGGGAGCAAGCAGACCAAACUUAUUCCUGACAUAUCAAAGGAUGUUUUUGUUGCUUUAAAUGAGAUUGAAAGAUUGUCAAACUCAUUGUCUAUGUCUACUUUGUUGCUUGAAUGCAAAGACCUCAUGAAGCGCUUUUUGCUACCUGAAGGGUUCCCUGAUAGUGUUACCAGUGAUUACUUGGACUACUCUCUCUGGAGAGGUAUCCAGGGUGUUGCCAGCCAAAUUAGUGGUGUUCUUGCCACUCAAGCAUUGCUUUAUGCUGUUGGUCUAGGCAAAGGAGCUAUUCCAACAGCUGCUGCCAUCAAUUGGGUCCUUAAGGAUGGAAUUGGAUAUCUAAGUAAAAUUAUGUUGUCUAAAUAUGGAAGGCAUUUUGAUGUCCACCCUAAAGGAUGGAGGCUGUUUGCUGAUCUCUUGGAAAAUGCUGCCUUUGGAAUGGAGAUGUUGACUCCAGCUUUCCCCCAUCUUUUUGUUUUCAUUGGGGCUGUUGCUGGAGCAGGACGCUCAGCAGCUGCUCUCAUCCAGGCGGCUACUAGGAGUUGCUUUUAUGCUGGUUUUGCUGCUAGACGAAACUUUGCAGAGGUUAUUGCAAAGGGUGAAGCUCAAGGAAUGGUGAGCAAGUUUAUAGGUAUUAUGCUUGGAAUAGCAUUGGGUAACUGCAUAGGCUCUUCUACAUCUCUUGCCCUUGCUGCUUUUAGUGUUGUCACCUGGCUACAUAUGUACUGCAAUCUGAAGUCAUACCAAUGUAUUCAACUAAGGACUCUAAAUCCUUAUCGUGCAAGUUUGGUUUUUAGCGAAUAUCUCCUUAGUGGCCAAGCACCAUCAAUCAGAGAAGUCAAUUAUGAGGAACCACUUUUUCCGGCUGUACCAUUUCUUAAUUUAAAAUCAGGAGAUAGGCUUGAGGACCAACUAUUUGUACUAUCGUCUGAAGCUAAGGAUGCUGCUGCUGAAAUUGAGAGUAGGCUGCAGUUGGGAUCAAAACUAAGUGAUGUUGUAAAUAGUAGGGAGGAUGCACUUGCAUUGUUCAAUCUGUAUAGAAAUGAAGGCUACAUUUUGACUGAGCACAAAGGAAGAUUCUGUGUGGUCCUUAAAGAAAGUUCUUCGCCACAAGACAUGCUCAAGUCACUGUUUCAAGUUAAUUAUCUAUAUUGGUUGGAGAGAAAUGCAGGAAUUGAAGCAAGCAAUGCCUCUACUGACUGCAGACGAGGAGGUAGGCUACAAAUUUCCCUAGAUUAUGUUCAGAGGGAAUUCAACCAUGCUAAAAUUGAUGGUGAAUUAGUUGGUUGGCUCACUGAUGGCCUUAUUGCUAGGCCUUUGCCAAAUAGAAUACGUCUGGGUUACGUGGGUUCAUAAACUGCGAGUUGAUGCCAUAUAGAUAAGGAAAAUGGUUCUUUUGAUUGAAAAAUGGAUAAUAGUGUGACUUGAUCCGGGGAGCUUGUUCACCCUUGUCUGUUCUUUUUUUUAUUGAUUCAUUGUAGGAAGGAACCCAAGUUUAACUUAGAACGCUGUAACAAUUGAAGGGACAAGGCCCUUCUUUCUUUUGUUUCUUGCGCAAUAUUUAAAGGGCGAAAAAAAGGGCGAGAUCAACAGCACUUAUAGUAUUUGGUUCAGUUCCGUGUGCCUGUUAAUGCUCCUAGCACAUAUUGCCUGUUUCAGAAUUUGCUCUUUUAGUAGAACUUUUUAAAAGGGUUAUCUGUUUUGCUUAACAGUUUACACUUGGCAAAAGUGUUAUUUCGGUAGUAUUUGUAGAAGUGUUGAAUAAUGAAACAAAGAAGUUUCG